CCCUCUCCGCUUUCCUUCCCCCCCACCAUACUUCAUUACACUCGACUGGUCGGUCCACAAUGAGUGGCACCGGAGAAGACCGAUGGCGCGGAAGCCGCCCAUACGACCAGAACCGUCACCACUCGACGCAACGCCACAACAACCCGUCUCGCACCAUGAGCGCCAACAGUGGAUCGCGCGGCGGUCCGAAUAAUACUUCCACAUGGGGGGAUGCACGGGAUCAGUUCGCGUCCGGGCCCCAGCAGGAGCAGCACGUUCCCGUGCGAGGCUUCAAUGCCGCCGAGGCCAAGGCAGCUCUCAGAAAAGGGCCAGGAGAAUCCCGACCUUACUACUACAAACCGCAAGGGAAGGACGUAAACAACCGCGCUAGCGGGCCCUGGGGGGCAAAACCCAACCAGAUGGCAAGCGGGAAGGACUUCUUCCUCGAGCUCCGGAAACAAGUCACCGCGCUUCAACAGGGGGAGAAUGUUGCGGGGGGUUGAUGGUUGAUGACUGAUGGCUGAUGAACGAGCAUGUGUACAGCGUCGAUCGAGGAUGAAGAUAAGCCUGGAGGGAGAUGGUUCCAUCUCAGGCGGAGUUUGGACGGUGUCUCAAGGCUCCAGGCGCGUGUCGCCCGCCACUUGGGAGGGUGGGGUCCGGAUAUCAGAGUUUCGCGGUGCGGAUGACAGAAAGAAAGGGUUCCGAGCUGUCGCGUCUGGAUGGCAGUCGGAAUCGAAAGAAUCCCAGCUGGGAACAGAUGAUUGCUGUAGUAGACCAUUGGUGCGGUCUUGCGAGAUCGGAUGGCAUCAAGCUGUCUACGUGGGGAAAGCGC